AUGCUGCUGCAAGUUGCUGCGCUGAGAAACAACACCAACAGCGGGGAUAUCCGAGGAAACAGAAAAAGCGACUUUGGCUUUUCGGUCUCUUUUUUUGAUGCGAGGAAGAAGAAAAACAAAUACAGUUACGUCUCGAUGAGAGCAAAAUCGUCGUCGGAUAAAGACGUCGACCAAGUGAACAUGUUCCGGAAUUACGAGCUCCGGACGAUUGCAAAACCGAAAACGACGUCGCGUUUACCAACUGUUCUGGUGUUGGGACACCUCGGGUCCGGGAAAACGACUGUGUUGAAACACGUUUUGACGCAAACGCAGAGCGAUUUGAAGGUUGUGGUGGCGGUGAAUGACUACGCCGGCGUGAACGUGGACGCGGAGUUGGUGAAGCGAACGUUGAAGGACGAUAAUAGUCGCGAGGAAGUGAUGGAGCUGACGAAUGGGUGCGUGUGUUGUUCUUUGAACGAACAGUUUGAAAAAGACGUUUCAAAUUUGUUGAGGAGAGAUCAAGUGGAAGCGGCGGAAUAUUUGUUCGUAGAGACGAGCGGGAUUGUCAAUCCGACGGAUUUGGUGAUGAGUUUAGAUAAAGCGUUCGGGAAGUUUGCGAGGAUACGAUUGGAUUGCGUGUGUUGCGUGGUAGAUGCGGAGGUGGCGGAGAGAGGAGGACCGGAGUAUGAACGCGAGGCGUGGUUUGCGCAGAUUCGAGCGAGCGACGCGGUGUUUUUGAACAAGGUGGAUUUGCUGGACGGAGACGAAAGGAGAAUCGAGUCGGCGACGAUGAACGUUCGAGAGGCGUUCGGGAAGACGAACAUAAAUGGCGACGACGACGAUGUUGACUUGGCGGUGAAAAUAGUUCCAAUCGAGCGAGGGAAGAUUAACAUUGAAAGCGUCAUCGACGCGCGGUACGAUAUUUUUGAACCGGAAGGGAAGCAAGGCACGGAUUUGAGCAGCGCGAGGAAACGUUUGGUGGUGAACGAUUACGGGGAGUCGUUAAGUUCGUUGGGUAAGCUGCGCGUAAAUAUGUCCGAUAAGAAAUCUAGUGGUGGUGGCCCUUUACAACUUGGAAGACACUCGAGGACGUUCAAGACGUCGUUUGCUUCAAGCGGAAACGAGGAUACCAAAGAUGCGGUCGAUUUUGAAACUUUAGAGAUGAUUGAUUUCGUCCAGUUCCAACGAUGGAUACGGAAAUCAAACGUUGCGAGAGCAAAAGGUAUGGUCCGUUUCGCAUCCGUAAACGGUCUGUGGGACGUUUCGGUCUCCGGCAGAGGACGCGUUGAGGUGACUCUAGUGAGCGGAGUAGAAGCUAAAUUCGCGUUACCGGGUAGUAGAUUAGUCGUCAUCGGGAAUCAAUUAAACGUGGAAGACGAGAUGUCCGCGAUGCGAGCUCUCGUUGAUAAUAGUAAAGUAGAGAAUAGCGACAAAAAACGACGGCGCCGCGACAAAGUGCAAAGUAUCGUAGACGUGAUGAAAUCGGACGACCGCUUUGAAAUCGACGACGACGAGAACGACCCGCUCGUUGAAACCAUGAAAGAAGAAGGCAUCGUUCAAUUUCGUUUAGUUGGCGCGAGAAACAACGGCUGGACCGUCGAAACGCUCGAGCGUACGCACGGUGUAGAUUUAAACUCGCUCAACGCGUCCUUCGCGCAAAAGUACAACGCGAUGACCGCGAGCGAGUUUCAAAAUUUCACUUCUUCGUCGGAAGACAAAAAAUGGGAACCGAAGUUACUGUUGGCGAGUGCAAACGAAAGUGAAGCUCGGCAGACGCACUUUCGCCAACCGAUGGUGACAAUAAAAGUGCGCGUGUUGAACGACGACGGCGACGAAGACGACGACGAGAACCAUUUCGAAUCGUCCUUUUUAUGGUGGUCGGUGCGAAACGUCGCCACGGUUAUUUUGCAAAGAUACUUUCAGCACAUUCCAAAGUGUUCGUGCGGAUUCUGA